AUGACACUAGAUUUGUAUAGAUUUCUAACAUUUCUAAUCUCAUCCGUUCUAAAGCAACCGGUCAGUAUUCGAGAUCAACGUAUAUUCAGUUCUUUGAAACACGCAGAAAGUAAUGAACAAGCAGUUUUAUUUGCCCGCAGACUUCAUGAAGCUUUGAUUUCUAAUCAGCUUUCGGAAUUUUGUGAUGAACAGUCAACCAAAGCAAAAACCCCAGAUUUAAAGCUACUGUGGUCGUUUAUGUCAGCCCGUUCUAUGAACUGCUCAAAAAAACGAUAUCUAGAGUUACUGUUGAAUGAAAAGCUGAAAGAGACUAAAGAAGAUAGCCGAUGCGAAAACAUCGAUGAAGACUUAAAUAGUUGCACUACGUAUGAUGACAGUUCUGAUGAUGUCGAUGAAAGUGUGAAUGGGUGUUUUGUGGCUCCAUCAAUAAACUUGAAGGACUUUUGCUCAGCUGAAGUAGAUCUGCUGAAAUCACUUUGUGAGAAUGAUUUACAAUGGACAGUAAAUACAGCCUUACGAAGAAAGCAGUUGUCAUUGGCUUUGUUGAUUGCAUUCUGUUCUUCUGAUGAAGAGAUUGCGCGAAGCAUUGUACUACACCUACAAGGAGUGCAUCCAGACCCGUACAAAAUAGUAAGACAGAAUUGCCUGGCUGGGAACGAACAAGAUCUAUGGUUCUACAAAGAAACUACUAUCUAUUUCCCAAAGAUGCCUCAAAUAAAGGCAGCGACUUCAGGCCAAUAA